UUGUUGCUCUCGAAAAUGCUGCGAAACUCACUGUUUGCCAGCCACAAGCUGAGACAAUUGCUAGCCAGUGCUGCGGUGCGAAAUUCGACCAGGAGCAGCGGCACAGCGAAUUCUUUAGAUGGCGGUACACAAAAGGAGGUGCGCCACCAUGAGAAUCACGCCUCCGAGUGGUGGAAUCAAAAUGGAACCAUGGGCGCCCUGCAUGCUCUGAAUGAGAUCAGGGUUCCCUUCAUCAGAGACGGCAUCGUUUCACGGGGCACAGUGGAACCUGGUUACGUAAAUACCACCAGGGUGUUGCUGGGACAGCGUAUCCUCGAGGUUGGAUGCGGAGGAGGGCUGCUAACGGAGCAACUGGCGCGUCUGGGUGCCCAGGUGACGGGCAUAGAUCUUGGCGAGAAGUUAAUAGAGGCUGCUCGCGAUCACCUCAAGUGCUCCAGUCCGGAACUGGCCAGCACAGUGACCUACAAAAUGGAGCCAGUAGAUCAGCAUGCCAAGGCCAACUGCGAAUGCUAUGAUGCUGUAAUUGUGUCCGAGGUUCUGGAGCAUGUCGACGAUAAAGUGGCGCUGCUGGAGUCCAGCGUGCGAACCUUAAAGCCUGGAGGGUCCAUUUUCAUCACCACCCUAAACAAAACCAUACCCAGUUGGUUCGGCGGCGUAAUCCUGAGCGAGUAUGUACUGAAUCUGGUGCCCAAGGGAACGCAUCACUGGGACAAGAUGAUUUCUCCACUGGAUGUUCAGCGUAUUUUGGAUACAAUGAACUGCCAGACGGUGCUGGUGAAUGGAAGCACCUACGACUUUUGGAGCAACACCUGGCGCUGGAUCAACAACACCCAGAUGUGCUACGCCCUGCAGGCGGUGAAACAGCCACUGAGCGAAUCCAAUUGAAUUCGUAUAUUUUAUUUAACUAGCAACUAGGUCAGUGUGUAACAACUAAGGAGUAAACUAAUCGUCAUCGGAGCGAGGCUUCUUGAA